CGCAGUGGUUCAGCCACUUGGCCGCUAAAACUUCAAAACAAAAUUCGGUGAAUAUUUGAAAAGAAAAUUCUUUAAAAAUUGAUCGUGCCUCUUAAACCCUAUCUAUCGCUUAAAAACCCUCCCUUGAAAUGUAAACAGAUGAUCUUUUGAUUCUGAUCUUGCGAAGAGCUUGAAAUAUGCGCUAAAAUGAAAAUUAUAAAUUUUGUUACACACGGUACUAGUUCAAGUUCGCUCUUCGGGAGCCGCUCGUGUACUGCACAGAUACUAUUUUCUCUGUAGUAUUUCGCUGUAUACAGCUACAAAUUACAUAUUUUCUUAGGCAAAGAUAACGCAAACGUUGUCAAUUUUAAUCAAAAGGCUAGAAAAAGCCAACCGUGCACUGUAGCUUUAUGCAAAUUGUAUGGUAUUCGAUAAUUACACGUGUAAACAGGAACCUACCUUUGCUAAUGUACACUGUUUGGCAGAUCUUUCCAGCGUAAGAUAUAAAACUAGUACAUGAAAUGAAAUUAAAGAACUCAUCAAGUCAAAUUACCUGAUCGUACCGUCAUUACUGAAUAACAAGUCCGCAAAAUAUGACAUGGAAUGAUCGGUGGGAGACGAAGCUAUUUUUUUAGGAGGACAACGAACUGCACGCUGGAACGGAACUGAAAUGAACAACCUCAGUCAAGUUCAGUCUUCUUGACGCUAUUAAACGUUUCCCCAAUUUGAACAGGAAGUUGUUUCCUAUUUUCUUUCUCAUUCUUGCAUGUAUUCUGCAGUUCGCCCACUAUUUUUUCGUAACUUUUAAUUUUCUAGCUAACUGGAACUGUUUAGAACUACCAACCCCCCCCCCCCCCCCUCUUUGAGUGAACUUUCAUUCGGUCUGAUUCACAAUAAUUUUCGAACGGUGACAAAGUGAUAUUUGAAAUGACAUUUUAUUUAGUAUUUUUAAAAGCUCCUUCUUUUUUUCCCGAUAGCCAGGAAUGUUUUGAACGUAAAGGCUGAAGUGGCGGUGUUUUUCACGACUCUGCUUGUAGACUGACCUCAUCACCAGUACCACGGACAUAAAAUCUGAUCGGAGAGGGUCAUACAGUAACUGAUGGGUCUCUGAAAAGCGAAAUGCAGUCACGUGGGGCGAGUAGGCUAUAUGGAUGAUGAACUCAUUGUUUAUAACCCCAUAACCGUAUCCCAAAAGUCGAGCCAGCCCGUGCGAGCGAACACAAUUUUGGGGCCACUGGCCACGCCCUUAUGUUUAGCGGGAAAUUGGUUGAUUAGUCAAAUCUCCUUAACUCCACGACCAUGCACCUUUCCAAAUAUAGCCCUUCUUAUCAUCAUAUAGUUACGGCCUCCCGUAAGCAUUUGCAACUAUUUUGAUUUGUAGAAGACUGUUUAACAGUUUUCAUUACUUUAAUGUCUCGUAAACAACACGAGGUACAUGUUCUGAUCUCUCCCCCCCACCCUUCCCCCAUCCAUAACAAAAAUUUUCAGACCAACACUGAAUUGCAUGAAGGUAUGUACAAAAAAUAUGACCAUCUCGAGGCAAGGUUCAUCACUGUAACUCACCACAUAAAAGCCUUUUCGUUGUUUGCCAUCGACUGAUUCUGUUCUGAAUACUAAGGUCCCAUAAACAACGCCACGUUUAGAAAGAGCCCGCCCUUUUCAAUCCAAGAAAACCCAAGUAGCGAUUUCACCAACGGACAUAAGCCGUAAGAAAAGGACCGCGUCAAAUAGUUCAUGAAAUCACAAACGCCUCAUGACACCUUUAAUUCACUCUUACUUCGAUAAACUAAUUUUUAAUUUUUAAGCAUAAAUGACAUCAGAAUGCGCGAUUAUGAGCAUUGUAGCUUAUGAAAAGAAAAUUUAACACCUGAUGCACAUGAAAGCGUCUAAGAAGGGGACUAGGGGAAUUAGGAACAUUGUGCUUACCCCUGCAAAAAUAUUGGCUAGUUCUUUGAAUAGACUCAAUUAAAGCCGUUUUUGUUCAGUAAGGAGCUGUUAGAUGGGGAAAGCUACAUAAAGUAGAUCGCAUCAGAAUACGGCAUAGGACUAGGCUCUCAAAAUCAAUAAGCUGAAUGCAAGACCAAUUAUUAUGUAAAACAGAGAAAAACUCCUUGAGGGAAAAAAAUUAUGGCUAGGGAAAAGACCCGAAGGUGGAAAGUUAGGAUGGUAGCUUCUUUUCAGGUAAUCGAUCAUUUACGUUAACUUCCGCUAUCCGACGGGCAUAUCGGAAAGACUGAAUGGAUGAGAGUAUAACACAUUCAAGAAGAAACAAAUUUGUGAUUUUUCACAACUCAAUAAAAUAACUAAAAUUGUGUACUACUCGGUUAUACAACAUUUUUGUUUUCAAUUUCAGAUUUUUACGAUGGGUCACUAGCCCCCGUACUCACUAGACACUACUUUACAAUCAUCGUGUUAAAAUCAGUGAAAUACUCCAAAACAAUUUGGAUUCCUACCCUUAUACCUUUAUUAAAAAUUAAAGUUGGGAAGUUUGUUGUCUUCUAAAAGUAGUUUGAACAGCCGA